AGCGUCAUUGUAGAUUAUCUGGCUACACACAAAUGUUUUCUCGUACGAAUAUGUAAAUAUUAUGUUAUUUACUAUAAUGAAUAAUGAAUUUAGUCGAAUAUAAGGAUUUUAAAAGUCCUUUGAAAAUGAUUUGAGAGUUGCUAGUUUACUGUUUAAUAGUUAUUACAACAUCUGCUUUUGAUGAAGCGUUAUGAAUUGUGGGAAAUUUUUAUUUACUAAUUUUACUUUCCAGAUGAUGUUUAUGACUUAUGUUACCAGAUUGUUGACGCUCGCUUAAUGGUUUGAGUCGCUGCGGAGAUAGAAUAAAGAUUUCAAGAAGCAGCGAAAACGUAAGUUUUUUGCUUUAUUCAAGUUAUACACUGAGCAUUUGCCUCUUGUUUUGUUGUGAUGUUAUUUCAGGAAAUGAUUUUAAAAGCACUUAAAAGUUAAAACGACGGCACUUAUCAAUGAGAGCAAUUUCGGAAACGUUGAGUAACUUUGAGUCUCCACAACUUUUUGAAAUAAAAGAUGGGAAAAAGGAAAGUCGUGGAUCAGAAGAAUGCCACUCAUGUUGUUGCUUUGUAUGAUUACUUUCCAACUGAAAAUAUAGUGUUCAAUGAAAAUGAACCAAGUUUUAGUUCUCCUAAUGUGGAUGUUCAGUUGUCAGUGAAGAAAGGAGAAUUAUAUGAAGUAGAUGGACCUAUUGGCUGGUGGUUAUUUCUAAAAUCUCAUCAUCAAUAUGGUUAUGCACCAAGUUAUCUCAUGUUGCCAGUUAUUUAUAAUAAGCUUACUGUUAAUGAUUUGAUGGUUUUGUCACAAGGUGGUGAUGUUCCUUUACAUGCUGUUGAUUGUGAGAUUGAUCUAAAAUAUUUUCCUGAUGCUCUACAUAUCAAAGAAAAAAUUGUUCAUGACGUGGUUUGUCCUGAGGAAAAUGCAAAUAUUUUUUCACGUAUGACCAUGUGGUGGCUGACUAGUUUAAUUUAUACUGGAUUCAAAAGACCUUUGACCAAUGGUGAUCUAUGGACGUUGAGUGAACAUAAUUCUUCAAAAGAUAUUAUUCCAAAAUUUCUUGAAGGUUGGGCAAAAGAAAAAGAAAUGGUUGCUGAAAAUUUAAAAGAAAACAAAGCAAGACUAUACAAAGAAAUUGAAACUGAUGAAGUUACUAUAGGCAAAGAAAAGAAAAGGAAAGAUCCGAAACCCAAUCUUCUAAAAACAAUUGGCCGUGUAUUUGGAAAGUUGUUCAUUUUUUCAUUUAUUUUCAAGAUUGUACAAGAUGUUUGCGUUUUCACUCAACCUCAGUUAUUAAGGUUGAUCAUUGAGUAUGUUGAAGAUAAGAACGCAGAGAAAAAAGAGAGUUGGUCUGGAUAUAUUCUUGCGUUAUCAAUGUUUAUUGUGGCUGUAAUACAAGUGCUUUGUGUGCAGCAUAGUUUUCAAAUGACUUUCACUGCUGGAAUGAGGAUACGAACUGCAGUUAUUGGAGCAAUUUACAGGAAGGCGUUGGCUCUAAGUAAUUCUUCUCGAAAUUUGUCUACAUCUGGUGAACUAGUCAACCUCAUGUCUGUCGAUUGUCAAACACUACUUAAUGUUGCAUCAAAUUUUUCCAUCAUUUGGUCAUCACCUUUACAAAUCAUUGUUGGUUUAUUUUUUUUAUUUCGUACCCUUGGUGUAUCCGUUCUCAGUGGUUUGGCCGUCAUGAUUCUUUUGAUACCAAUGAACAUGGUUUCUGGAAAACUGGUGCAAAAGUUUCAGAAAAAACGAAUGAGUUACAAAGAUUCCAGAGUAAAAAUGAUGAAUGAUGUAUUAAAUGGCAUUAAGGUUUUGAAAUUAUAUGCCUGGGAAAAGUCUUUCAUUGAGAAAGUGUUAAAUAUUCGCAAGCUUGAACUAAAGCAAUUAAAACUUGGAAAAUUUGUGUGGUCUGCAUUAUCCUUCACAUAUCUUUGUGCUCCUUUUGCUGUUUCUGUGGUAACUUUUGCAACGUACAUACUUUUGGGAAACACAUUAACAGCGUCCAAAGCCUUUGUAUCUCUAGCUUUGUUUAAUAUUCUUCGAUUUCCAUUAACUGCAUUACCUAUGAUGAUCAUGAAUGUUAUACAGGGUUUUGUUUCCUUAAGGCGUAUCGAAAAUUUUCUGUGUCUGCCUGAGUUGGAUGCAGAAUGUGUGAAGAAGACAUCGGAAACAGAUGAUGUAAUUAGUGUACAAGAUGGUCAUUUUUCAUGGGAUGAAAACCAAUCUAUUCUCAAGGACAUCAAUAUACGCGUUGAGAAAGGGUCAUUGGUCGCUGUGGCUGGUCCAGUAGGCUGUGGAAAAUCGUCUCUUCUUUCUGCACUAUUGGGUGAAAUGGAGAGGCUACAAGGACGAGUCAUCAAAGUUGGAUCAACAGCCUAUGUUCCACAACAAGCUUGGAUACAGAAUGAUUCGGUGAAAGACAAUAUUCUUUUUGGGCAAUCUUAUGAUUCAAAACGCUACCAGAAAGUUAUUGAUGCUUGUGCUUUAACGCCAGAUCUUGAAAUUCUUUCAUCAGGAGACGAAACCCAAAUUGGAGAAAGGGGGGUAAACCUUAGUGGUGGACAAAAACAACGUAUAAACUUAGCAAGAGCUGUUUAUUUUAACGCUGAUAUUUAUUUACUUGAUGAUCCCCUGAGUGCAGUUGACGCUCACGUUGGAAAACAUAUUUUUGAUCACGUUAUUGGACCAAAAGGUUGCCUUAAAAAGAAAACAAGAAUUCUUAUAACGCACAGCAUUAGAAUUUUACCCGAAGUUGAUAACAUUAUAGUUAUAAAGGAUGGAAAAAUUACGGAGAGUGGCUCUUAUUCUGAGUUGGUGGAAAAUAAUGGAGCGUUCUCUGAAUAUUUGAAAACAUAUACGUCGGAAUUGGAAAACAAAGAACAAGUUAUGGUUGAUGGUAUGACAGUCGAUGAACAUGGACCACAUCCUGAUUUUAGUCGACUGACCAGCGUAGUCUCUGAACAAAGUGAACUAAAUGAUAAAGAUUCCAUUUGUAAAAGGGAAGAGCAACAGAACAAACUAGUUGAAGACGAGUCUAUGGAACAAGGACGUGUCAAAAUUUCUGUUCUCUUAUCGUAUUUUUCUGCCACGGGUUUUGGCUUUACUGCACUUGUAUUCAUAUCUCUUCUACUUUCUACUGCAAGCCUGGUGUCUUCGCAGAUUUGGUUGGCUCGUUGGAGUUCCUCUAACAUAACAGACACAUCAGAAAACACUCGUUAUUUAGGAAUUUACGCUGGUAUUGGCUUGGGUCAAACCAUUUUUGUCACAGCAAGCUCAUUUCUCAUGGUAUAUGCUUCAUUCGGUGCAUCAUCGACCUUACAUGAAAAAUUAUUGACGAACAUUUUCCACCUUGCUUUGCUGUUUUUUGAAGUUACCCCAAUUGGUCGUAUAAUUAACAGAUUCUCUAAAGACAUGGAUAUGGUUGAUGAAGUUAUACCACAAGUUCUUAUGCAAUGUUUGGGAUCAUCUUUUAAUGUACUUGGUGUUGUUUUCAUUAUUUCAUUUUCAACACCUUUAUUUCUUUGUGUAUUAUUUCCACUUACACUCCUGUAUAUUUUAACUCAGCGUUUCUACAUUCCCUCGUCCAGGCAGCUGAAGCGACUAGAGUCCGUGAGUAACUCUCCAAUAUACAGCCAUUUUCUUGAAACUAUAAACGGUGUGAGUACGUUGCGAGCGUAUGGACAAGAAGAACGAUUCAUUAUGGAGAGUGACGGUCUAGUUGAUCGCUUUCAAAUGUCAUAUUAUCCAAAUUUUACUUCAAACAGAUGGUUAGCCAUACGUCUGGAGUUUAUUGGUAAUUUUCUGGUAUUUUUUACUGCCUUGUUUGGUGUAAUUGGUCGUAAUGAAGUUGAAAGUGGUCUCAUUGGUUUAUCUAUUACUGUUGCGUUGGAGGUAACCCAAAGCCUAAACUGGGCUGUUCGUAUGUCAAGUGAGGUGGAAGCUCAUAUUGUUGCAGUAGAAAGAAUCGACGAAUAUUGCAAAGUUCAACGUGAAGCUGAAUGGGUGAUUAAAGAUUGUCGUCCUCCAGAUGGAUGGCCUGAUAGUGGUGUGAUUGAAUUCCAAAGAUUUGAUCUCAAAUAUCGGGAAAAUCUCCAGUUUGCUCUGGAUGGUAUAGAUUGCUAUAUAAAGCAGGGUGAAAAGGUUGGAAUUGUAGGUCGUACAGGAGCUGGUAAAUCUACGAUGACAAUGGCUUUAUUUCGAAUUGUUGAAUCAGCUGGUGGAAAGAUUGUAAUUGAUGGUUUGCCUAUAUCACAACUUGGUCUUCAUGAUCUAAGAUCCAAUCUUACAAUCAUCCCUCAGGAUCCAGUUGUAUUUACUGGAACAAUACGUUUCAAUCUUGAUCCCUUUAAUCAAUACGAUGAUAAGGAACUAUGGAAGGCAUUGGAAGUCACUCAUCUAAAGACGUAUGUUAAAAAACUUGAAAACGGCUUACAACAUGAAGUAUUGGAAGGAGGGUCUAAUCUCAGUGUUGGUCAACGUCAGUUAGUGUGUUUAGCGCGUGCUUUGUUACGAAGAACGAAAAUUUUGGUUCUUGAUGAAGCAACAGCUGCUGUUGAUUUGGAAACUGAUGAACUUAUUCAGCAAACGAUUCGUAAAGAGUUUGCUGACUGUACAGUUCUGACUAUCGCUCAUCGAUUGAAUACAAUUAUGGAUUAUACGAGGAUAAUGGUGCUUUCGAGUGGAAAAAUUGUUGAAUUUGAUUCUCCCAGCUUACUCCUUGAAAAAAAGGGCGUAUUUUACGAUAUGGCUAAAGAUGCAAAGUUGGUUUAGAUGAUGAACACUUUUAAACUUUGUUUAUUUGCGAACCUGUCAGUUGUGGAUAGUUAUGAACGGAAAGUGUUUUGACAGGAUGUCAGGUGUAUCAAUAUGGACAGAAUAUUUGAACAAAAAACCAUCCUUAUUAUUCUCAACAAAUGGUCCAUAUAUUUAUUCGUUUCUCACCCCACGUUACUAGUACAGCUGCUAAAUGCCUACUCGUCGAGGAUGAGGGUUUUUUUGUAUUCUGUCUAACUGUUCGAGAUGAAAACCAAAAAUUUAUGGAUACACCAGUGCCAUCGAGAAAAACAAGCAAAACAAGUUCAGUUUUUAGUCUUUGCUAGUAACCUUCUACCAUGAGUACGUUCGGACUUUCUUUUAACGAACUGCGUUUUACCAGCAAGCUAAAGUUAUAUGGCAAGCUGUUAUAUUCUUUUUACUUUAUACAAUAUAGUUGUGAAAUAUAUUAAUAAUCAUGUUAGCCAUGAAAGUUCCUUUAAAUUAUAACAGCUUAUCGAUUCGUGAAAUUUAUCCUAACUGUUAGUCUGUUAGUAUUGUUAUUAAGGUAUUUCGAAUAAAAAGUCAGCGUCUAUAA